GCGGCCUCUAUAAGGCCGGCCGGACUGCGACACAGCCCAGCCCCUCGACCGCUCCCUUCGAGUCCCGCUGCCUCCCUGUCGCUCCAAGCCCAGUCUUCAGCCAUGGCAUGUCCCCUGGAUCAAGCCAUUGGCCUCCUGGUGGCCAUCUUCCACAAGUACUCCGGCAGGGAGGGUGACAAGAACACCCUGAGCAAGAAGGAGCUAAAGGAGCUGAUCCAGAAGGAGCUCACCAUUGGCUCGAAGCUGCAGGAUGCUGAAAUUGCAAGGCUCAUGGACGACUUGGACAGGAACAAGGACCAGGAAGUCAACUUCCAGGAGUAUGUCACCUUCCUGGGGGCUUUGGCUUUGAUCUACAAUGAAGCCCUCAAGGGCUAAAAAUAAGUUGGGAAGGUGGAGACACCCUUUAGGGGGUCUCUCUGGGUCUGAUCCAGUGAUGGGUAACUGUAUAAUAAAUAUAUUUUUUGGGGGUCAAAUCUA